GGACAACACCACCCCAACACAGAGAGAGACAGGAGAACGAGAGGUUGCCCACAAAACCCAGCUUUGGAGGGCCAUCAUCCCCCAAGGCCCAGGAAGACAGAAGAGAGGACAGCAGAGGAGUGUGGGACGGUUUAAGAGAAGGGGCUCGACCACAUCCAUCCAGAGAGGAGCGAUGGACCCUCGGAAGUGGACGGGAGGCCUGCUGGUCCUGUCUACUGCACUACCCUAUGUCGAGGCGAUGACCCCACUGUACGACCCUAAACUCUGCUACAUUCUGGACGGCUUCCUACUGCUCUACGGUCUCAUCAUCACUGGACUGUUGCUCAGAGAGAAAUUCUUCAAGGGCAAGAUAUUGGAGGAUGAUGAUAUCUACACUGAUCUGAAACCUACGGACGGAGGUGGUUAUGGGCGAAUAAACAGGGAUCCAGAGAGUGCUGCAACGGCACGCGAUAAUCGCAGGAAUAAUGACGACACUUACACGUCCCUUAAAAAACCAACCGACGACACGUACAGGGAGAUCGCUGUGAAGGACAAGCAGCGCCGCAGGAACAAGAACGACCAGGUGUACCAGGGUUUGAGUGCCGCCACCAAGGAUACCUAUGACUCUCUCCAGAUGCAGCCUCUCCCUCCGCCUCGCUAACAGAAACAUCAUGGAGGAUCACGCCUCGUCCAGCGGUCACUCCUGUUUACCUUUCUAUCUGCAGCGAGUAUACUGCUAGUGUUGUUGUAUGCAACAGUUCCAUAUCCCUCUUCUCAAAUCAUUUUAAAUUGGUGAAGAGUUAGUUAUUUACCCACCAACAUCUAAUAAUCACUGAUAUCUAGAACAGUCCUUGUUGUGUAAAAAGUAUGUUUGCAGUUGUUACUCCCUUUUUAUCUUUCAGGCUUUUGUUGGAAAAUCUGGAGACUUUUGCGCCAGUGACAAUUUCAUAACUGUCUUAAUAUAUGACCUUGAUCAUAUUUUAUCACUAUUUUAUUACUUUAGCUCCAGUCUCUUCUCCCCAUACACCCCCAGUCUGUAACCUUUGACCUUGAAACUAAUUCUACCAACCCUACUGACCCUUCCUCAUUGGCUACUGCUUCUCUAGUUUAUACCUGGAGUAAUGUAAUUAAAGAAUAAAUAUGUAGGUUGUUAUUUUGCAUACAGUGUACAGUGUAAUUGUG